AUGGAAGGUCUUUUGGACGAUGGAAGAACACUGUACACCGAUAACUGGUACACUAGUGUUGCGUUAUCGAAGACACUGAUAAAACAUAGUACACAUCUAGGUGGAACACUUCGCUCAAAUAGCAGAUAUAAUCCUCCCGACGCCGUGAAAGCAAAACUGAAUAAAGGAGAUGUGAUAGCUCAGCAAAACGAAGAUAAAACUGUAGUUCUCAAGUGGCAAGACAAAAGAGACGUAUUGGUACUCAGUACCAAACAUGAUAGUUCUGUUGUGCAACAGAACUGUAGAUCACAGAGGUGUAGAAGUAAGCAAGCCCGCUAUUAUUCUCGACUAUAA